AUGGAGACAAAUUACCGACAUAAUUUGAGGCAAUUAUCAGAUGAUCAUUGUUGGUUUUUAUUUGAAAAAUGUGUAUUUGGAAGUGAUUUAGCAAUAAUUCCUGAUGUCAUUCGAGGACAACUUGUUAAAAAAUUUGGUGGCAUACCAUUGGUGGUGAAAGUGUUGGGAGGAAUGGUGAAAUCAUGCAAGAACGAUGAGGAAUUGCAAUCGACUUUGGAGAAUCUUGUGAGAAUUGAAUUACCAAAGAAUGAUCUUACUUUAUCCACGAUCAAAUUAAGCGUGGACCGUCUACCAUCUUCCUCAUUGAAACAAUGUUUUGCCUACUGUUCAAAUUUUCCACCAGACUUUCUCUUCUAUAAGAAAGAACUUGUUCGAAUGUGGAUAGCACAAGGCUUUAUUCACCUACCCAAUGGAAGCAAUGUAACGAUGGAGGAUAUUGGAGCGAGCUAUUUCGAUAUUUUGUUGUCUCGCUCCUUGUUUCAAGAUGUCGCCAAGGAUGAGAGAGGAAAAAUUAUAUAUUGUAAGAUGCAUGAUCAUAUACAUGAGGUCGCAUGUGUUAUUUCAAAUGAUCAAAAUUUGAGAGGGGACCUUGAAACAGAUGGAAAAUCUCAAGGUGAUGAAGUUCUUUCGAUCCGACAAAGAAGAAUGACAGUUUAUUGUUGUAAAAAUAUACACUCCGGAAAUCAAGAUAUGAUCAUCAACUUCAUCUACUUGCGCAUUUUAAUUAUUGAUGAUGGGUUCAUAACUGAAUUGCCAAAUACAAUCGUUAAAUUGAAGCAUUUGAGGUAUCUUGACAUUUCAAAGUCUCGAAUAAGUAAGCUCCCAAAAUCUAUUGUUUUGCUUUACAAUUUGCAGACUUUGAAGCUUGGAUGGGAUGUAAAGCUUCCUACAGAAUUGAGAAAGUUGGUCAACUUAAGGCAUUUAGAAUUUGAUUUGUAUUAUUCAAAUCGAACUAAGCAAAUGCCUAAACAUUUAAGUCGAAUGACUCAACUUCAAACGCUUUCUGGUUUUAUAGUUGGGUAUGAUAACGGAUGUAAGAUUGAGGAGCUUGGACCUUUAAAAGGCCUUAAAGGUAAAUUAUGGUUUUUAUAUCUCGAGCGAGUCAAAAGUAAACAUGAGGCAAUGGCUGCAAAUUUAGCAGAGAAGGAAAAUAUUUCUGAUCUAUAUUUUAAAUGGAGUCUUGAAAGAGAAGACUGCGAUGACAAUGAUUUGAACGUGUUGGAAGGGCUUCAACCACACAAAAACCUUCGAGCAUUGAGGAUCCACUGCUUUGGAGGUAAACUUCUACCCAAUGGUAUUUUUGUUGAAAAUUUGGUUGAGCUACGUCUUUUUGGUUGCAGAAGAUGUGAAACUUUACCAAUGCUGGGACAAUUGGCCAAACUUGAGUUUCUUGAAAUUUGUGAGCUAAGUGGUUUAAAAAGUAUUGGAGACGAGUUUUAUGGGAAUUAUCGUAAUAGCACAACUUUAUUCCCUAAAUUGAAAAGACUUGAUAUUUUGCAAAUGGAUAAUUUAGAGCAGUGGAAAGAAAUUGUUGUUGUAUCAAAUUGUACAACUUUUCCUCGUCUAGAAAGCUUAAUCAUUGAAUCUUGUUUGAAACUAAUGCACAUUCCAAACAUUUUUUCAACUCAUAGGGAGAGAUUGGAAGCUGACACUAUUAAUGCAAGGUUAUUUUCAAGCGUUCAAAAUCCUCCAAAACUUCGAUCUCUACACAUUUAUAAUUGUAAAAGUUUGAUAAAGCUACCAAAUUGGUUAGAAGUUUGUAGCUCACUUGAAAAUAUGUGA